AUGUCUGAUUCAACUGGAAAAGUCAUCACUUGCUUGGCAGCCGUUGCUUGGGAAGCCAAGAAACCUCUUAGUAUUGAAAAGGUAGAAGUGGCACCUCCCAAGGCUGGUGAAGUUCGUAUCAAGAUUCUUCACACUGGUGUUUGUCACACUGAUGCUUAUACUUUGGAUGGAUUUGAUCCAGAAGGAAUUUUCCCUGUGAUCCUUGGACAUGAAGGGGCUGGAAUUGUUGAGAGCAUUGGAGAAAAUGUCACCUCAGUCAAACCAGGAGACCAUGUCAUUCCACUGUAUGUCCCGCAGUGUUUUGAGUGUAAAUUCUGUAAAAAUCCAAAGACGAACCUUUGCCAAAAAAUUCGUGCCACCCAAGGCAAAGGUGUGAUGCCUGAUGGGACAACACGUUUCAAGUGCCAAGGCAAAGAAGUUUUCCAUUUCAUGGGUUGCAGUUCCUUCAGUGAAUACACAGUUGUUGCUGAGAUUUCAAUUGCAAAGGUUGUUGAAAAUGCUCCUCUUGACAAAGUCUGUCUUCUUGGUUGUGGGAUAUCAACCGGUUAUGGAGCAGCUUUAAAUACUGCGAAGGUUGAGAAGGACUCCAUAUGUGCAGUCUGGGGCCUGGGUGCUGUUGGUCUUGCUGUGGCUAUGGGCUGCAAGGCAGCAGGAGCUUCCCGAAUUAUUGGAAUAGAUAUUAAUAACAGUAAAUUUGAAGUUGCCAAGAAAUUUGGAGUUACUGAAUUUGUUAAUCCAAAAGACCACCAAAAAUCAAUCCAAGAAGUCCUGUGUGAAAUGACAGAUGGCGGCUGUGACUUUACUUUUGAAUGUAUCGGAAAUGUUAGCACCAUGAGAGCUGCCUUGGAAUCAUGCCACAAAGGUUGGGGUGUAUCCACCAUUAUUGGUGUUGCUGCUGCUGGACAAGAGAUUUCUACUCGUCCAUUUCAGCUGGUCACUGGACGAGUUUGGAAGGGAACAGCUUUUGGAGGCUAUAAAAGCAGAGACAGUGUUCCUCAACUCGUACUUGAUUACCUGGCUGGGAAGUUAUUGAUAGAUGAAUUUAUUACACACACCAUGGAAUUGGAAAAGAUCAACGAGGCAUUUGAUCUUAUGCAUGAUGGCAAAAGCAUCCGUUCAAUUGUGAGCCUCUAA